AUAGCUGUUUACGCAUUGCUCAGAACCGUUGCUGUGAGUGUUUCUCCUUUAAUACUCUAUGCUUUUGUCAACUUUUCAAAUCGUAGGGAUUCCGGGGAGACAGAUUUCAGAGAAGGUCUUACCAUAGUGGGUUUUCUUAUUCUCUCCAAAGUGGUUGAUUCUGUGUCACAGAAACACUGGUUUUUUUGUACCAGGAGGUCGGGGUUGAAGAUGAGAUCAGCUCUGAUGGUUGCAGUGUAUGAAAAACAACUAAAGCUUUCAAACUCAGCAAGGACAAGACACUCGACAGGUGAAAUUGUGAAUUACAUUGCUGUUGAUGCGUAUCGCAUGGCAGAAUUCCCUUGGUGGUUUCAUCUAACAUGGGCAUGUACAUUGCAAAUUCUUCUAUCUAUCAGUAUCCUGUAUGGAGUUGUGGGAGUAGGUGCACUUCCUGGUUUAAUUCCUCUUCUUAUAUGUGGACUUCUCAAUGUACCAUUUGCCAAGAUCCUACAAAAGUGCAUGGCACAGUUCAUGAUUUCACAGGAUGAGCGUCUGAGAGCAACUACAGAAAUUCUAAAUAGCAUGAAAAUCAUCAAGUUACAGUCCUGGGAAGACAAAUUCAAGAGUUUGGUUGAGAACCUACGUGGGAAAGAGUUCAUUUGGCUAUCUAAGGCACAGAUGUUGAAAGCUUAUGGGUCACUUGUAUAUUGGAUGUCUCCUACCAUCGUUUCUGCUGUUGUUUUCCUCGGUUGUGCUGUUUUCAAUAGUGAUCCAUUAAAUGCCGGGACCAUAUUUACAGUUCUUGCAACGUUGAGGAACUUGGGAGAACCUGUUCGAAUGAUUCCGGAGGCUCUAUCUGUUUUGAUCCAAGUUAAGGUAUCUUUUGAUCGUCUCAAUACCUUUUUGUUUGAUGAAGAACUAGAUACCAGUGAUGAUAACGGAAGCUAUGUAAACCGAAGUUACAUUAAUGCGGUAGAAAUCCAAGCUGGCAACUUCAUUUGGGACCAUGAAUCGGUGUCCCCAACUUUAAGAGAUGUGAAUUCAGAAAUCAAAUGGGGACAGAAAGUUGCAGUUUGUGGGCCAGUUGGAGCUGGAAAAUCAUCUCUUUUGUAUGCAGUGUUAGGAGAGAUUCCCAAGAUCUCAGGAACUGAGUUAAGCAAAAGACGUUUAGCUUUAUGUCGUCAUGUCAUUCAUGCUUGUAUUCUUUGUAUUUAAUGCUUUUUCUUUCUC